AGUCGGAGAAGAAGAAGAAGAAUCAGCCGCUUCAUAAGGGAAGUGAAGGCGCAGCAGCACUCGAUCGUCUGUCGCUGUGUCACAAUCACCGGGGGAUUUUUUUUUUAACGGAUUCUCAGGAGAAGCAGGCAAUCUAAUUUUAAGACGGCACAAUGGCCACCGAUUCGGGAUAUGGACAGCAUGGCGGCUCACAGAGUUACGGUUCUUAUGGUGGUCAACAAGGUGGUCAGAGCUAUGGUCAAGGCCAAGGAAAUGGCGGAAGUUCUUACGGGGGCCAAAGCUAUGGUGGUUAUGGUAAUCAGCAAGCUGGGGCUACGCAAGAGGGCUACAGUCAGUCUCAGGGAGGCUACGGGCAACAACAGUCCUAUGAUAAUUACGGACAGGAGUCAUCUAGUGAAAAGUCAUAUGGACAACAAGCAUCGUAUGGCGGCGGUGGUCAGGGACAAAGUGGAGAUGGCUUUGGCCAACAGGGAUCCUACGGUGGUCAGGGCCAAGGCGGCGGCGGAGGCGGCGGCGGUUACGGAAGAUGGAGCGAAGGCGAAAGCGGCGGGCAGGGUGGCAGGUUUGGCCGCGACCAAGGAGACCGGCCGGAGGGAGGCGGCGGUUACAGAGGCCGAGGUCGCGGCGGCUACGACCGCGGCGGCUACGACCGCAGUGGCGGCUACGACCGUGGCGGCUACGACCGCAGUGGCGGCUACGACCGCGGUGGAAGAGGCGGACAUCCUGGUAUGGGAGGUGGUGACCGUGGUGGCUUCAAAAAUUUCGGUGGCUCUCGAGACUACGGCUCAAGGGAUGAAUCGGGUGGCGAUCAGGACAACUCCGACAACAACACCAUUUUUGUUCAAGGCCUGGGAGAAGAAGCCACGGUUCAGGAAGUCGGCGACUUCUUCAAGCAAAUUGGCAUUAUUAAGGUGAACAAGAAGACCGGCCAGCCGAUGAUCAACCUCUACUCUGACAAGGCCACCGGUCGGCCAAAGGGCGAAGCUACAGUCUCCUUUGAUGACCCGCCUUCUGCCAAAGCCGCUAUCGACUGGUUUGACGGCAAAGAGUUCAACGGCAAACCCAUCAAAGUGUCAUUUGCCACCCGCAGAGCCGAGUUUACACAGAGAGGCGGCGGACGAGGGGGUGGACGAGGAGGUUAUCGAGGUCGCGGCGGUGGAGGUCCUAACUUUGACAUGAAGGGAGGAGACUGGCCUUGCCCCAACAGCUCCUGCGGCAACAUGAAUUUUGCGCGCCGACAAGAGUGUAACAAGUGUGGCGCCCCCAAACCCGGAGACUCGGGAGGAUUCGGAGACCGCGGCGGCAGAGGUGGUUACGGUGGCGACAGAGGGGGUGGAUUCCGCGGCCGCGGAGGAUUCCGUGGGGGAGACCGAGGCGGCUACGGUGGCGACCGCGGCGGCGGAGGAUACGGAGGGGGGUACAAAAUGGGAGGAAGAGGUGACCGGAGGGAUGACAGGAGAGAGCGGCCAUAUUAAAGCGUGGAGGAAGGCGCACGUCACUCCGGCCACGAGAGUCCAGCUGACUUGAGAGCUUUGUCAAAGUGGGAUAAAACGGACAUUUUGACUUGUGCCCCUUUUUUUCAUAGACUGCAGCGAGUCGUGAAUAUUAUUCCAUCUAUAAUGCGAGGCAGUUGGUAUUACGACAAGGACUCAUUAGCUAUGGCAUGUGCUCAGAUGGGUUUGUUUUAUUUCUUUGUACAUCUUUUAAUUUUUUUUUUUUUUUGUCCUACUCUAGGUGAAGGUGUGUGGUAGACUUGGUACCAUUGUUUUGUAUGAAUGGAAUAAAGUGCUUUACUUUGUUUCUCUUCGCCCCUCCCCUCCCAAAAAAAAAAAGUAUUAAACUGUGAUCUUUA